CUGCAGCACAACCUGACCAGGAAAACACCCAGCAGAGCAGACACUAGUAAACCAGUGGUGGAGGGGCCAGUACAGACUGUGACAGGGGACGCAUUAGGCUGAGCAGCUUCUGGGGGGAAUGGGGGAGCCUAAGAAGGGGCUUCAGCGGACCAUAGAUUAUACGACGAGCCACAUGAUGUGCCCAAAUGGGUCAACGGAUCUACCUCCAAACCCUGCACCACAGCCCUGGGCACGAUCUACCUCCAACCCUGCACCACAGCCCUGGGCACGAUCUACCUCCAACCCUGCACCACAGCCCUGGGCACGAUCUACCUCCAACCCUGCACCACAGCCCUGGGCACGAUCUACCUCCAACCCUGCACCACAGCCCUGGGCACGAUCUACCUCCAACCCUGCACCACAGCCCUGGGCACGAUCUCCCUCCAACCCUGCACCACAGCCCUGGGCACGAUCUCCCUCCAACCCUGCACCACAGCCCUGGGCAUAAUCUCCCUCCAACCCUGCACCACAGCCCUGGGCAUGAUCUCCCUCCAACCCUGCACCACAGCCCUGGGCAUGAUCUCCCUCCAACCCUGCACCACAGCCCUGGGCAUGAUCUCCCUCCAACCCUGCACCACAGCCCUGGGCACGAUCUCCCUCCAACCCUGCACCACAGCCCUGGGCAUGAUCUCCCUCCAACCCUGCACCACAGCCCUGGGCAUGAUCUCCCUCCAACCCUGCACCACAGCCCUGGGCACGAUCUCCCUCCAACCCUGCACCACAGCCCUGGGCAUGAUCUCCCUCCAACCCUGCACCACAGCCCUGGGCAUGAUCUGUGUGUGUCAGCACGGGGCAGUAACAUUGGGUGUCGCAUUGUUUCCUGUCCUUUGGUUUAUUUAUAAAAAUAGCUGGAAAUGUGAAUAGAGAAGAGGAAGUGAUCAGUGUCUGCAUACAGAGCUGAGGCUGAUGUGCGGCACACGGAGGAGUCAUCAUGUCCGUCCUGGCAUCCAUCAUCAUCAUCAUCAUCCUCAUCUUAUCGGUUGUGAAGAAUCCAUGUGACGCGGUCAGACCCGUUGUGACAUUUACUCCUCACUGGAAGAUCAUAUAUGAAGGUGAUACAGUGACUAUGUCAUGUGACGUGGAAGCUGCUACACAAUAUAUCUACUACCUCUGGUAUAAGAACUCUGAGUAUAUAGGGAAGUAUUUCCAGAACUAUACAAUCACAUCUGCAGAGGAGACGGACGGCGGGGAUUAUAGGUGCAGGGCCGUUGGUGGUGGUGAUUACAGUCUCCCUGCCAGGCUGCACGUUAUCUCUGAGGGUUCUGCAGAGAGACCUUUUGUGACUGUUAAUCCUAACUGGAGGAAGAUAUUUGUUGGGGAAAGAGUGACUAUAACGUGUGACACCGGAUCCACAGCACGAGGAAACCAGCGAUACUAUUGGUAUAAAUACAAGGUUAUAUUAUAUGAAGAGAAACAACGUGACAUAACAAUUACAUCUGCAGCACUGGAGCACAGUGGGGAGUAUCGGUGCAGAGCUGGAUCCGGGGAUGUAAGUUUCCCUGUCAGACUGGAGGUUUCAUCUGGCUCUAUCAUUCUGCAAGCGCCACCCAAUGUAUAUGAAGGUAACACGCUGACGCUGAGAUGUCGCUGUCGGUCUCCGUACUACAAUGAAAAAAAGACUGUUUUCCAUAUAGGAAGUACAGAUCUGCAAUCUCAACAGCCUAUGUUAGAUAUUCCAAACGUAAACACGACUAUGACUGGGAUGUACGGAUGUACAAGGAAAGUAGGCGGUGAUAAUAGAACGGAUGAGACGUUUAUCUCCAUCCAAGCUCUGUUUGAUACCCCACAAAUAACAACUUAUUGGUCAUUAGUGACAGAGGGAUAUGAGAUGACCCUGACCUGUGACACAAGACGUAACCCGGCCAGGUCUGCUACAGAACUGCACUUUGCUUUCUACAGAGAUGAGUGGAAAGUGCAGCACUUCAGUGCGUCCGCUACAUACAGCGUUCUGGCAGCACAGCUGGUGCAUUCUGGGAAUUAUACCUGUGAUGUGAGUGAUCCCAGCGGCGUUGUGAGGAAGAGGAGUGACGCAUUAUAUAUACAGAUACAAGAGCUGUUCUCAUAUCCAGAAAUAAAGUUGGUGCCUACAGAUAUAAUAACGGAAGGUGGCAGCAUGACCCUGACAUGUAACACCGUGAUGAAGACUGGAUACACCUUACAACAUCAGUUUGCUUUCUACAGAGAUGAGCGGAUUGUGCAGGACUUCAGUGCGUCCACUACAUACAGCGUUCCGUCAGCGCAGCCGGUGCAUUCUGGGAAAUAUACCUGUGAAGUGAGAGAUCCCACCGGCGGAGUGAGGAAGAGGAGUGAAGUGUUAUCUGUACAGAUUGAUGAUGUAUCUAUAAAUCACAGUCUCCGGAAUACAAUCCGCCUGGCGCUGUCUGCCUGUGUUCUUGUUAUUCUUUCAUGUAUAUUGUUCUGCCACAUGGAAACAGCAAAACAACUCCGUAACAUUUCGGUGCCUGAGCGGGAAAUUCAGAGGAUGAGUACAGAUGAUACUACAGUACCUGCUUAGACCACAAGAGGUCACCAGACACAUCAGUCACUAGCACCUUGUGACCAUAUAUAAUAAUGUAUCACCUUUUAUUUAUUUAUUUUUAUUAGCUUAAUUAAAUGUUUACUUAAUAGAUUUUUUGCAUUGUAAAACAUUAUUAAAAACAAUGACUUUAAAGAGCAUAUAAAAUGUCCUCUAAUGUAGUAUGAAUAAAAUCA